AUGUUAUCCUUUUUCAGAAAAAUCGCAAUUGGGCCAUACUCGACCGAUCUUGGAAGCAGUUCUACGAACUGCUCACCAGCCAAGAUGCGACCAUUAGAGGCCGCUUUACUCAGUUUGGCGCUGGGUCCCUGUACAGUCGAGCAACUUCAGAAAAUGUUGGUCACGGUUUUGAAAGGAUUUUCGGUGCGCACAAAGGGAUUAAAACAAAAUUGGCUUGAACUCUUUUUCAGAUUUAUUGAAGGAAGGCGUAAUCAACCCGGCGGUGUUGCCGCAGCCAUGAUACUCGAUCAUCGUGUGGGGCUGUUUUUCAAAAAUCAGAACUUGAUGAAAAGUGUCCGCGAAAUGGAUGGGCUUCGAAAUGUGGAUUAUUUCGAUUUCAGUGAAAGCAAUAGGGGCAUGAAUCGCAGGUGGAAUGAAGUCAAUGAAUAUGUGAAAGGUGUGCGCAUGACGUACAUGGGUACUGCAUCAAACCCAAUCAGCUUCGUAGCCAUCGGGAUAAGCAAGAAGCCCAUUAAAGAUCUCAAAGACGUGCUUCCAAACAAGUGA